AUGGACCGUGUGGACUACGGGAGCGGCAUGAACGGCGUGGACUACGGGAGCAGUGUGCACAACUGGAGCGGUAUGGACAGCGUGGACGGUGUGAACUGGAGAGCCAUGGUUUACAACCUGGCUGCUCUUAGUGAUGGUGGUCUUGGAACCGACCACAGGGACGGUGUGAACCACAGGCGCGGCAACGUGAGCAACCACGGGCUCGUGGGCUACAAGGAUUCCAGGGGCGGCAGCAGCGCAGGCCAGGAGGGCGGCGAAAGCAACCUGGAAAGAAAGCAAAUUUAA